AUGGCUUCCAUAGCUUCUUCAUCUUCAACACUUUCCACAGGUUUUCUUCUGCAUUCACCCACACCUCAAUUAGGCAGAAGAAGGAAAAGAAGAACACCCAAUUUUGUGAGAAUAAUGCCCACUCGCUCCAGUCUCGAUGACACUUCUUCUCUCCUAACAGCAGCUCAAUACACUGUGGAUACAUACGUGAAAAGUGGCAUGGUUGUAGGAUUGGGGUCUGGUCAAGCUUCUGGUAUGGCCAUUCAGCAUUUGGGUCGCCAGCUUCAUCGUGGUAAUUUGAAGGACAUAGUAGGGAUUCCCACGUCUGUUGCAAGUGCGAGUGAAGCAGCAAAGGCUGGGAUUCCAUUGAUUACCUACCAAGGCAGUUCUCAAAUUGAUUUUGCAUUUGAUGACGCUGAUGGUGUAGAAGAAGGAAAAUUUGUUGCUAUCAUUGGACGGCGGAAACUGCAAAGUGAGGAGUCCAUAAUACAGGAGAAAUCCAUACUAAAUGCUGCCAAUAAACUAGCCUUCAUUAUCGAAGAAAGCCAGUACAAAGGUGGUCUGGAAGGUUCUAUUCCAGUUUUAAUUCAGUCUCUUAACUGGUUGGCAAUUGCUGAAGAGAUUGAUGAUAUGUUUCUUGGUGAUGCUGAGGUGUGGAGAAGAGCAUCUAUUGGUCAAGCAGGUCCACUAGGAGGUGACUUUCCAUUAGUGACAAGAGAAGGACAUAAUGUUCUUGAUGUUAUCUUCACAUCUCCAAUACCAAGCCUCGCUGAAGUAGCAAAAAUCCUUGAUAAAGUUGACGGUGUUGUUGACCAUGGUGUCAUUUCGAAAAUCCCAUGCACAGUGGUAAUUGCUUCUCCUAAAGGGUUGAAAGUUUUGGAAAAAUUGACCGCAGAUAUAGUGGGUUAG